AUGCCACUGCCACCCAAGCCCCCGUUUGGAUACAACUGCCAAGAUGUGGAUCCGUUAUUUAACCGCAGGUGCGCGCAGACCCACAAGAAGGAUCCCAACGAUUCGCACGGGAAGGAGAGUGGCCCGUGCGAGGUCUACGUUGGGUACGGUCAGGUCCACAGGACCAACAAGGCUCGUAUUCAAAAGGCAGUGCUGCAGCCGCCUGCCGUCUAA